GCCCCAUGUGGUUUGCAAAGCCGCACCCUACCAGUGCGGUUUUCAUAAAAAAAAGGGCCACCGGGUGACGUUUUUCGCCUAAACUGCUGGUUCGGGUGCUGGUUUUUGGGAAAUGGUGCUAUUUUUGGAAUUUUUCGGGGUUGGGUGCUAUUUUUGGGAAAAAAAUUGAACUGGAAAAAUCCCGAGAUAUGUCGGGGGAGCUGUUAGAGUCUGUGAAUGAGCCACUUCAGCUAGAGCCACCGAUGAGAUUGAGGGCAGAUGGCUUUCCUCAGUUUGAUUUUCAGUUGCCUAGUAUGGUUGGUAGUAGAGGUCGUUCGAGUCACAGCUUUGGGACGAGAGAUCAUCAUACUUCACCAUUGGAGCCUUUAGACGAGAUUGACGACGAGUCUAAGCAGUAUGAGUCGGAUGCUAUUGAGGAUCGUUCCACGAGGCAGUUCGAUCAAAGAUAGAGGUGCCGCCAGCGGAUCGUCACACAUCGUUACCAGGAUUUAUAGAGACCAUGCGGGGCAUUUCUACAUAGCUCCACAGCCCGGUGAGGGUCAGAGGGGUGAUGCUAAUGUGGGAGAGGGGUGGGAGCUUCGAGGAACGUGUGUUGGAGGGCCGAGCGACCAGAGUUUACUUCGUAGCUUUUUUGGGCAUGUUGCCCACCGUCUUUACACGGGACAGGCUGAUAGAGGGGUGAUCACUUGCUACGAUAAGAGUUCGACACUUCAGCAUGUUCUAUAGCAUUACGUGAUCUCAAAUUCUCGUGCUAAAGGUACCGUAGAGACAUGGGGUCUUCCUCACCUCGCAGAUAUCACCUUUCAGAGCGAGCUGGACACUCCUCUCAUAUCGGCAUUUAUGUAGAGGUGGCAUCCGGAUACCAAUACCUUCCACAUGCCGUUUGGAGAGAUUACAAUCCUCUUUCACGACGUGGUGCACAUCCUUGACAUUUCGGUGGAGGGAAAGGCGAUAGUAGUGGAUCUGAGGCAGUUGGAGAAGAUGUCACUAGAGCAUACAAGCACUAUUGGGCGUGGAUCAUGCGGAUUUUGGCCAGGGGGCCAGGUGGGAGAGGUUGCCAGAGAUUUUAUGUGGUAGAGAGGGCAUGGUUUGUUAGGUGUGGCAGCUUUGGCUCAUUUGUAGGAGGUUGGUCCGCCAGCUAGAGAGGCUUAGUGUUACCUUCUUCUACUACUGGGGUCUACACUGUUCGUAGAUAACAAUAAGGACUGUGUUUCUUCUAUUAUCAAAUUGUUUGUGAAGAGGCCGGAGAUGCUGGGAGAGUACGUGUGGGGGGCUGGAGCACUUGCUUAUCUGUACAUGCAUCUUGGUAUUGCCUCGCGGGCGGAGGCUAAGGGAGUGGCGAGUUGCCUGACUUUAUUAUAGUGUUGGAUUUACGACCACUUUCCUACCUUGAGGCCUAGUCAAGUCGGUUGGAGCCACGACAGUUGGAGCAGGGGGAGGCAGGGGCACUCAGGUGGCGCGGUAUCUCACCUCAGUCAAUAAAGAAGAAGGAUACACUCAUGUUGGCUUAUUAUCGUCAAGCGAUUGAUAGUUUGACCCCACAGCAGGUUGUUUGGACUCCUUAUGGUCCGACGCCUCAUCUAAGCAUGAGGUGUACCUUGUAUCAGGGCAUGAUCACAUUUACAGAGAUAGUAGAGCCAUUUGAUCCCACUAGAUGCCUCCGACAGUUAGGCUACGUGCAGAUGGUACCGUAUCAGCCGGAGUGUCCGCUUAUUGUGAGUCGACCCGCUUCCACGAUUGGAUACUCUGUUAGCUACCACUUUAAUUAUGCUUCGUGGUGGAACAACCUGGGGGACAUAGUGUGCAUCUGCACUUUUUUGUAACCCGGUACGACGAAGGCCAUGGGAGGUUACUGACGAUUACUUGGGGUGGUACCUUAGGCACUCGCACCGACAGAUAUUGAGUGAUAGCUGACCUCGUCGCAAGUUCGCGAAUGUUGAUGCGGUUAGUAUAAUCAUAUUUGAAAUUUUUUGUAUUAAGUAAAAUUAUGUUUGAUUA